AUGGGCUGCUAUCAAGUGGCAUUGUUUGUGGCUUUGGCGCUUAUUUUGCAGCGUCACCAACUUCUAGCAGAUAACUGCAAUAAUAGAAAAACAUUUAUACAAAUUAGGGUUCCACAACGCACUGUGUUCUCUUUUAGGUAUCCUAAAGAAAUAAAUACUGUGCAGUUAGUACCAUUUCCUAAUAAUCCAUCUAGAUCUGAAUGCAUAAAAUGUCAAGGGACAACUUGCAAUAAAUGUACAUAUACAAAGAGCGCUAAACAUUCUUCAACAACAAAUGUAAGGAAAACAAACAUUAUCAUUGAUAUAAGGGGAACAAGAAAAAUUAAUGAUACUACUAGUGAAACUACCAGUAAAAAUUACAACAAUACAUCAGAAACUGUAGAUGGUACUAUUGUUGGAAUAUAUGACAAAACAUGGGCAGCCAGCAAAAGUGGUGCAACCGCAAACACUGGAGAAAAAGGGAAUUCCUCUGCUGCAAUAGCAGCUGGUAGUACACUAUCGCAAAGUGAUAUAUUGGCUGCACUUAAUGAAGAAGAAAUCAAUAAAUCUAAUGGUGAGCAAAGUCAUGUAGAGGAUAUAUUCGUUAUUAGCGAAGAUGGCUCGGCAGCAAACGCAAGCAGUAGUUCAAUCGCAACUAAAGGUGACUCUGCAAACGAUGGAAAAGAAGCCAGUGGUACGCAACCUUCUAAUGGUAUGAAACCAGGAGAACCCAAACAAGAUUCCUCUGAUAAUGUUCCAGCAGUAUCUCCAUCUCCACCAGAUGUACCAAACUAUCCAAGUAGCGGAGGAAAUCCAGCUUUAAAACAACCGUCUGCUGGUAAAAAUAUAAAUAAGAACCCAAAAGAUGAGUCAAGUAAAGACAAGCCAAAUGGAUUAUCUGAUUCAAAAAAACCUGAAUCUGAUAGUGCGAAAAAUAAGCCAGAUUCCACAGCUGACGAUAAAAAUACACCUGCUCAAAAUGGAGCGGCAACUGCUGCCCACCCUGAAAAUCCUGCUUCACCUGAUACAAUAAGUCCUAUAUCUGAUAGUGUGAAAAAUAACCCAGAUUCCAUAGCUGACGAUAAAAAUACACCUGCUCAAAAUGGAGCGGCAACUGUUGCCCACCCUGAAAAUCCUGCUUCACCUGAUACAAUAAAUUCCAUAGCUGACGAUAAAAAUACACCUGCUCAAAACGAAGCGGCAGCAGUUGCCCACCCUGAAAAUCCUGCUUCACCUGAUACAAUAAGUCCUGUAUCUGAUAGUGUGAAAAAUAAGCCAGAUUCCAUAGCUGACGAUAAAAAUACACCUGCUCAAAACGGAGCGGCAACUGCUGCCCACCCUGAAAAUCCUGCUUAA